AUGGCCUCAUUCCCUCGCGCCCUCCCGUUCCCCAUCCCCGUCCCCGCGCGCGUUUCCAUCAUCGCCCUUCUCGCGCUCAUCGCGCUCCUCCGCCAGGCGGAGGCCUACACCGAGCCGCCGAUCCCCGACGGGUGCGUCGCGGAGAUAGCGGAGGUCGACCGGGAGGCCAUGCGCGCGGUGUACGCGGCGCUGCCCAAGAUGAUGUUCUUCUGGCACGACGGCAUACCGCAGUACAAGCUGUUCGACGACAGCCACAACGUCUCCUACUGCUGCGUCGCGCCCAAGCCCGCUAAUGUGUCGUGCCGCCUCUGGUGCCCGCUCGAGUGCACGACCGCCGGCCGCAUAACGGGCAUUUUUUCCGACCCGAGCCGCCAGGACAUGCCCGGGCCCGUUGGGAGCGGAGGAAGCUGCCCGCCCGGCGCGCUGUCGCCCGCCAUUGGCGACCUCGCGGAGCUCUCGUCGCUGGUUUUCCGCCACUCUUGCCUCGCCGGAGGCUUGCCGGACUCCGUCACGCGCCUCCAGAAGCUGACGGAAAUCGUCAUGCCCGAAAACAACUUAUCCGGUCCCAUUCCGCCAGGCCUCUUCCGCUUGCCCGCGCUCCGCCACGUGGAUCUCAGCACAAUCAGUACCAACCCGGAAUUUCAACUUCAAUAUGAAGGCCUUUCGGGGUCCCUUCCUGACGGGCCCGACGCGUACUCUUCGUCUUUGGAAGAGGUUAUCCUCCUGUCCGGCGCCAUUCCGCCCGCGCUGGCGGAGAUGACGGCGCUGCAGAAACUCGACCUGGGGGGGAACCGUCUGUCCGGCGCGGUGCCCGCGGCGCUACGCGACUCCGAGUCGCUCAAGGCGCUCGACGAGGUGCGGCUCGACAACAACGUGCUCUCCGGGGCUUUCUGCGACGCGCUGCUGCCGGCGCGCGAGCUCUGGCUGGGCUUCAACGACCUUGGCGGCGCGACCACCGGAAGCAGCGCCAGCGCCAGCGGCGGAGGUGAAGGUGGGGGCUCUCUGCACGGCUGCGUGUUUCCCGCGAAGCUAGUGAGACUAAGCGCGCCGCACGCGGGCCUCCGGGGGAGCGUUCCGCUCGACCUGUUCCUGGCGACGAACGCGCAGACGGGGCGCAGGCUUCCCAUGGGCGGCUUGGAUAGGUUUGUCCAGAUGGACCUGAGCCACAACAGCCUUUCGGGCAGCCUGAAAGCUUUCACGGUGCUACCAAGAGCGUCCAAGUUGGACCUCUCGCACAACAACUUCUCCGGCGGCAUUCCCGAGGCGUUUUUCACGAGACUGCGCGCGGACCUGCGGUUUAACGACCUGUGGGGUCCGCUAUUCGACGCAAACCUGGAGUCGCGGAGCUCUCGGUUUUCGAGUUACGACUGGGACUUGCUGCGCGUGAGCAACAACAGCGCGCGCAUGGCAGGCGAUGUGGGCGCGGGGUACCUCCCCGUUCCGGCGCCUGGCCUGCAGGCCUCCGCUGCGGAGACCACUGCGCUGCUGGCGGUGCGCGAUGCGCUCCUGGGAGAAGCAGCGGGAGCAGCAGGGGGGAAAACGGCGUUGGUAAACGGCGGAAGCAGCUCGUGGGCGGAGAUUCUGCGCAGUUGGGACGCGAGCAGCAGCAGCGCGUGUGCGUGGUACGGCGUGGGGUGCACAGCAGACGGACACGUGGACACGCUGCACCUGAUAGGCGCUUCCAACGUCACCCUGCACCCCAACUUCGUCCCGAAAUCGCCCGAAUGUGAGUACGACCAGUACGGAGAAAUGUCGUGUGCGCAUGACGUUCCGCCGCCUCCCCCCCAAGUGCAGUUCUUCCUGCGGGGCCUGCCUGGUGGAAGCGCUAGCGCCGGCAGUGCGGUUGCAAGCAGGCAUUUGUCGGAAGCACUGGGGCAGCUGACGCAGCUCACCUCGCUGCGCAUCUCCGGGCACGCUCUCUCCAGCGGCCUGCCGUCGUCCCUCUCACGCCUCUCACACCUCGUCGCUCUCGACCUCUCCUCCAACCGCCACCUCUCCGGCUCCAUCCCCCCCGCCCUCUUCGCCCUCCCCUCGCUGCGAGAGCUCUCCCUCCGCGGGAACAACCUCACGGGAGCGGUCCUCCCAUCCACCACUGCAGCAGCACCAGCAGCGCUGUCAGCGAGCUUGGAGAUUCUAGAUUUGGGGGGGAACGGUCUGUUGGGGUCCAUAGCAGCGCAGGUGUGUCUGCUGACGGGGCUGACGCGCCUGGCGCUGGACCACAACCGGCUGGACGGCAGCUUGCCAAGGGAGCUCGGCGCGCUCUGGAUGCUCACAGACCUGCAGCUGCAGGGGAACGCCCUCCAGGGGGACGUCUCUGCACUCGCUGCCGCCUUCCCCCCCCCCUGCUGCUACUACCGACGAUGGCAGCACCGCCGACUCUGCUGCCUCCACAGCAACCAGCUCUCGGGCGACGCAGCCGCGCUCUUCCCUCGCGACCAACAAUUCCACACACUCAACUUGUCAAACAACCAACUCACGUGGGGCCCCGGCAGCAACGCCUCAUGGCAUGCCGACUACCUGGACCUCUCGCACAACCGCAUAAGCGCCCCACUGCAGGACCUUUUCGGAGACUUAUCAAAGAGGUUCUACUACUCAACGGUGCUGCGUCUGUCGCACAACCAGCUGUCGGGACCCAUCCCUGCCCCGCUUCUGGGACGCAGAGUGACGCAGGAGUUGGACCUCUCACACAACCUGCUCACGGGUUCAAUUCCUGCCAUCGACAACUUGUACUCCAAGACGCUCGAUCUGUCGCACAACCAGCUGACUGGCACCAUUCCCCAACUCGAUGGCACCGACCGCCUCCGCCUCUCCUACUUGGACCUCUCUUCCAAUAAACUCACAGGAAGCAUCUCCAAUGCUCUCGGUCAGCAGCGCCUCGGCUAUCUGGACCUCUCCUUCAACGCGUUCACUGGCACUGUUGCGGAAAGUAACUUUCCGUGCUCGCAGCAACAGUCAGCCGCUACAACAGGGCUGGCGGGUGCGAGCGGGGCAGAGGUUCGGCUGCACCACAAUGAGCUCACUGGACGCAUCUCUGGUUUCGUCUUCUCCUCGUGCGUCUCGCUGCUCGACCUCUCCCACAACCAGCUCUCUGGCCCAGUCCCAGACCCUCCCCAGGGGAGCAACCAGAGCUCCUCCCUCGUCCCCCUCUCCCACUUGGACCUCUCUUCCAAUAAACUUACAGGAAACAUCUCCGAUGCUCUUGUCACCGUCCUCACAGCCCUAUCCCACUUGGACCUCUCUGAAAACCUGCUAUCAGGUUCUGUGCCGCGCUCGCUCGCUCUCGCGCCCGUGCUCACCCAUCUGGACCUAUCACACAACCAGCUCUCUGGCCCCAUCCCAGACCCUCCCCAGGGGAACAGCCGAAGCUCCUCCCUCGUCCCCCUCUCCUACCUGGACCUCUCUUCCAAUAAAUUUACAGGAAACAUCUCCGAUGCUCUCGUCACCGGCCUCACAGCCCUCUCCCACUUGGAUCUCUCCGACAACCUGCUCUCUGGCUCGCUGCCGCGCUCGCUCACUCUUGCCCCCGCACUCACCGACCUCAACCUCUCUCGCAACAAGCUCAAGGGCUCCCUGCCUGCCUUCUGCCAGGGCAAGCAGCGCCUCUCCUCUCUCCUCCUCUCCUCCAACGCUUUCUCCGGCCCCCUCUCCUCCUCCCUCCUCCCCUCCUCCUCCUCCUCCUGCGCCUCCUCCCUCCUCUCCCUCAACGUCUCCUCCAACCAGCUCUCCGGCUCGCUCCCCGAGCCCCUCUCACGCUUCACCGCUCUGCACUCCUUACUAGCGGCGCGCAACCGCAUGAGCGGCAGCAUCCCUGCAGGGCUGGCAUCGCUGACGGGCCUGCAGGAGCUGGACGUGUCGUGGAGCGGGCUGUCAGGCACCAUCCCUGCGCGCCUGUGUGCUGCUGCCCCCUCCCUGCAAGUGCACCUCGCUGGCAACGCCCUCUCUGGCUCCGUCCCCCCCUCUCUCUCCGACCUGCCCACCUCCUACUUCCGCCCCGGCAACCCCAAGCUCUGUGGGAAACCCCUGCCUGACUGCAAGAAGCGCUCUGCCAAGCCCAGGAAGGGCCGGGUCCCUGCGCUCUGCGCCCUAUUCUCUGCGCCCUAUGCACUGCGCCCUAUGCUCGGCGCCCUAUGCACUGCGCCCCAUGCUCUGCGCCCUAUGCUCUGCGCCCAAUGCUCUGCGCCCAAUGCUCUGCGCCCUAUGCUCUGCGCCCCAUGCUCUGCGCCCCAUGCUCUGCGCCCUAUGCUCUGCGCCCCAUGCUCUGCGCCCUAUGCUCUGCGCCCCAUGCUCUGCGCCCCAUGCUCUGCGCCCUAUGCUCUGUUCCCCAUGCUCUGCGCCCUAUGCUCUGCGCCCCAUGCUCUGCGCCCUAUGCUCUACGCCCAUGGCCCACCCUUUCUCCCCCUCAUCUCUGCUUCACCGCAUUUCCCUCCCUGCUUCACCUCAUUUCCCUCCCUGCUUCACCUCAUUUCCCUCACUGCUUCACCUCAUUUCCCUCACUGCUUCAUCUCAUUUCCCUCACUGCUUCACCUCAUUUCCCUCCCUGCUUCACCUCAUUUCCCUCACUGCUUCACCUCAUUUCCCUCCCUGCUUCACCUCAUUUCCCUCACUGCUUAA